AAAGGUCUGGAUAAUUUCAGUUCCAAUUUGCCGUUCCGUGAAGUGAAUUCGGUAUUUUAUUGGGUCAAUCGAAGUAAUGAAAACUUUAACUGUUUUUAAUUGAAAGUGAAUAACAAAUUAAUUCCAAUUAAGGCGGACCGAUUUUGAAAAGUUUGAUAAAGCAGUGAGUUUGAGAAAGCUGUGUGGUUCGUUAAGUGUUUCUACGGAUUUCUAAUUCGGAAAAAGUGCCCGCUAAAUUAUUUAGCCUAAGAAAUGGCACCGUGGAGGAUACGCUGAAAGAAGAAUCGUUCGUCAGGUUGAACUUUCCCAAGGAAGUAACUUAUCAAGGGUGCGAGGACGGGGGCGACUCUAUGGACGGCGGCAAAGCGGACACGCACGAGCUGGAUCGAGGUGGCUGGGGAAAUAAGUUGGACUUCCUGUUCUCAUGCAUCAGCCUGUCUGUGGGAUUAGGCAAUGUCUGGAGAUUCCCGUAUUUGUGCUACAAGAAUGGCGGAGGUACCUUUCUUCUCACUUACACCAUAUCGAUGUUCCUAUGUGGCAUUCCACUCUUCUUCCAAGAAGUAGCAAUUGGACAGUAUUUGGGUUCAGGCGGUAUGACCUUCGUGGGACAAUUAUGUCCACUCUUCAAAGGGGUUGGUUAUGCCAGUAUGACAUUAGUUUUUCUACUUGACGUCUAUUAUUGUGUUAUUAACGCUUGGACGUUAUUCUACCUCAUCAGUAUUAUUUCUUACCUGCCCGAUCUACCAUGGUCUAACUGUGAUAACUGGUGGAAUUCAGAAAACUGUUUUUCAUCUGUGACGAAUCUAUCGAAUUUUACAUUGAAUGAUUCAAUUAGGACUUCACCAGUCGAAGAAUAUUUUGAACGUAGAGUAUUAGGUAUUACAAAAGAAUUGGAAGAUAUAGGAGGUGUUCAAUGGGGACUCUUCGUUUGUUUGGUGAUUGGAUGGCUAGUUGUUUACGCAGUCAUACGAAAAGGGUUACAUCAAAGUGGUAAGGUUAUUUGGUUCUCCGCCCUGUUCCCCUACGUCGUCCUGUUCAUCCUGCUGGCUAGGGCAGUGACGCUCGAAGGCGCCGGUAAUGGCCUCCUGUAUUACGUGACGCCCCGUCGGGACGAAUUGCUAUCUCCAGGGCCCUGGAUGGAGGGCACGACGCAAAUAUUCUUCGCAUACAGCAUAGGGUGCGGGGCUCUGCCGGCUCUGGGCUCCUAUAAUAAAUUCCAUCACAACAGCUACAAAGAUGCUUUGAUCACAUGUGUCAUCAAUACCCUGACUUCCGUCAUUGCUGGAGUAGUCACUUUUGCUAUCCUUGGUCACAUCGCUCUCGAACAAAAUACAGAUGUUUCCAACGUUGUCAAAAGCGGACCAGGAUUGGUAUUUCUCACCUAUCCUGGGAUUAUUUUAGAGUUGCCUGGUGCACCAUUCUGGGCAGGAAUGUUUUUCGUCAUGCUCCUGGUGCUGGGUGUAGACAGCCAGUUUUGUUUGGUAGAAUCCUUUAUCACUGGACUGAUGGACAAUUGGUCCCAGGAAUUGAGGCCAUACAGGAUUCAGUUUACAGCAUGCGUUUGCGGAGUGAUGUUCAUUUUGGGAAUACCCAUGGUGACACAGGGAGGAAUGUACAUCUUUCAGUUGAUGGACUACUAUUCAGCAAGUGGAAUAUCACUUCUUUGGGUGUGUUUCUUCCAAACAAUUGCAUUGUCAUGGGUUUUUGGCGUUGAACAUUUAAGCGACUGCAUUGAACAAAUGAUGAACAUUCGACCCAACUGGUUCUGGAAGAUGACUUGGAAGUACAUUUCGCCAGCAUUGAUGUUCAUAAUAUUGAUCAGCCAGUGUGUGCAGUUUAGAACACUCUCCUACGGUGAUUACGAGUAUCCGGUUUGGGCUAACGUUAUUGGAUUAUGUUUGAGUUUGGCCUCCAUGAUGUGGAUUCCAGUGUAUGCCAUAUAUUACGUUAUAAAAGGCCCGGGUACUUUAUUGGAGAACUUCAGGAGUGGUCUGAAAUCAACAGUGAAAUCGAGGAAAGUAGCCCAGAAACAGAAAGAAGUGCUUGCUACCCUUCCAGUGACGGAGAGCAAUGUCAGACUUCUUAUACCUAGCAGUAAACAAUGUUUGAGCGAAGAAACGUAGUACAAAUUUAUAUUCGAGUAGACAAGUUAACUUUUUGCUUGUGAUUCUCAAGAAAAAAUUAAAGAUUUUGAUGGA